AUGAUCAUCGCACGCCAGUCCUUUAUCAGGCCCUUCAUUGUAUCACUGCUGGUUGUGUCAGUGAUAUCCUCCAAAGUGCUUCAUCUCCUACAACAUGCCUCUUCUCUCCCUGGUGGUCAAUUUGCGCUCUACUUUCCAACCAUCUUCAUUUUUGAGACUCUUCUGUGUAUAGUCGCGUGGGGGUUGCUAUUCAAAUCCACGGGAGUCAAGUCCCUCUUAGGCACUGCGGUGACAGUGGCCAUAACAUCUCUGAGCUUCAUCUUGGCCUCAUCUCAGAUCGGGUUCUAUUUUGUGACUGGCAGUGAAAUCCGCUGGGAUGCAGCUACGGCCGUGGGAAAUGACCCAGAAGGGAGAAAGCUGAUGCUUAGCGGACUGAGAUCAUUUCUCGGGGCUGCUUGCGCCCUUCUUGUCGUCUCCUGGCUACUCAAAUAUUGCAUAUACACUCUCAUGGGCCAUUGGCUAUCUGCACUAUUUAGCGCACAAACCGAAAAGACGGACGAAGAAGGAAUCGUGAUCAGUCCUCAGAGAAAGUCGCGGGCAGCACGACUUGCCAAAUUUUGGACAGUAUGCGCCACGGUAGUCGUUGGAUUCUUGCGCUUGACUCGGCCUCAAGUGCCUUAUAACCAUCUGUCUGAAACUAUCCCAUUUAGCUUUUUCCGGGCUUUGAGUUCGAAACCUACUGAGCUACAUCAGACUGGAGAUCAAUCAUUUCCACUUCCGGAUCUGAUUGAUGAGCCACACUGGGAAGGUCCACAUGAUCACUUCAAGGGCUGGACCCCAGGAAAGCCACAUCCCAACGCCAAAAAGAACAUACCAGCAUGGGCCUUGGGGGAUUUACCACCAGGGUUCGAGCGGUGGAGCGAUAAAGAGUCUGGUGGAGAUGAAGGAGAAACUGGUAUUCUGGGUGGAAACACGACCUAUAAGAGAAACUUCUAUAGCCCUAUGGACGAUCCUCUCCGAAUCACCAAUCUCGACCAUGAAAUACUUGAGCCCAUAGCUCGGGCUCUCAAGAAUCACGAAGUUCCUAUCACACACGUUGUGCUUGUGUUGAUGGAAAGUGCUCGGAAAGACAUAUUCCCCUUCAAGGCAGGCUCACACUUGCACGAGGAGAUUUUAUCGUCCUACAAUACCCAAGACCCUGAAGUACUCCAGGCAGUCAAUGCCAGGUUAUCAAAUUUGACACCCAAUGCAGAGAAAUUGACCGGAGAGACGAGUGGACUUUUCUCAAAUGCCAUAUCUUCUAGCCCCUCUAGUGGUGGAUGGAACGACACAACAGAACCAGGAAUGGGCGGCAUCAAUUUUAACGGCAUCCUCACUGGUAGCAGUCUAUCGUUCAAAAGCGCAGUCAUGAACUACUGCGGUGCGGGUCCACUGCCGGUGAACUUCAUGGAUGAGGUCAAGUCCCAGAAUUAUCAGCCAUGCAUCAUGCAGAUCUUCGAAUUGUUCAACCAACUCAAGGAUAGCUCCACCAAGAAAGAGAAAUUGAUUCACAAGCCUGGCACUGGACUUGACCACAUUCUUGAUCGAAAGUGGAGCUCUGUGUUCUUGCAGUCCAUCACAGGACUGUACGACGAGCAAGAUAAGCUUAACAACCAGAUGGGCUUUCAAAAAUCCAUCUAUCGCGAACAAAUUGGCCAGCAAAGUGCUAAGUAUCAUCACAAAGACAUGGAGGAGAUCAAUUACUUUGGAUAUCCGGAAUACGAGAUAUACCCAUACCUGCGAGAUGUGGUGAACAAUUCAAUCAAGAAUAACGAAAGACUUUUCCUGUCUCAUUUCACGAGCACAACCCAUCACCCAUGGGGCACGCCCGCGGCAUAUCAGGAAGAGCAAUACUUUUCUGGAGACGGUCUCAUGACGAAGCAUGAGGACAUCAACAAGUAUCUGAACGCGGCCCGAUAUGUCGACACAUGGCUUGGCGAGAUGAUGAAGGUCCUUGACGAAGCCGGGAUUGCCAACGAGACUUUAGUCGUAUUCGUGGGAGAUCAUGGCCAGGCGUUUCCCGAAGACGCACCAGUCUCCGGCACAUAUGAGAAUGGGCAUAUCAGUAAUUUCCGUAUUCCCCUUGUCUUCCGACACCCGCUAUUGCCCGCACUGCAAAUCACAGCAAAUGCAACCUCGAUGUCCGUUGUCCCAACCAUUCUCGAUCUACUCGUGAACUCGGGCUCACUGAACGAGAUGGACUCCAAUGCAGCUUUGGACCUGAUGAAUGAAUACGAAGGACAAUCACUGGUGCGCCCGUACCAAGCUACCCACAAUGGCCGACAGGCAUGGAAUUUUGGCAUUAUCAAUCCCGGUGGUACAAUGCUCAGCGUUGGGUCUGCGGCAGUCCCAUAUCGACUAAUAUUGCCGCUCACGGAGGACUUUGAGUUCGUUUUCUCCGAUCUAGACAUCGACCCGAACGAGCUAAGUCUACUGCGUGGGUGGUCCCUCGAGGAGUUGAUCGGCCGUGUGCAAAGGAAACAUGGAGACAAAGCCGGGAAGUGGCUGAUAGACGCGGAGAAAGUAGGAAAAUGGUGGAUUGAUGAGAAGAAAAGGCUAUGGAAUUACCAAUGA